CCCGGACCGUGAAAGAUACUGGUUCGUGGCGAACGAGAUGCAUAGGUACUGCCGGCUACCACAAGAAGUAGCAGCAAUCAACGACGAUAAAAACAUCGUCAUCCUCCGCAAGGACCUGCAUCACCUGUUCGAUGCACGGCGCUUCACCUUUAUUCCCAAGAGAUUCGGUUCCUCCGAGUCUGCCGAACUUGUCACUCAUGUGCUCUUACCAUCGGGCUCGGCCGAAUUCAUAGGUCUGUAUCACAACCGCUUACCCCAGCCGAUCCGCGGCAUCAGUGUCGAGUUCCUGUUCGCACGCUUCGCCUGGUGCUUAUUUAGGGAUGAACAUCUGCAGUUCUUCCUAUCGGAUUUGGAAUAUGUGGUUUGCCUAUGGGACAAGGCCCGUGACGAGACCCAUACCCGAACCUUGCAAGGACCCGAUGUCAGGUCUAUUGCUCAGGUGUUCCAGCCGCCGCGAUCACAGAGCCGGAGUGUCAGCCAAAAGAGGAGGUCGCUUUUGACCCAGGACCAGGACGGGGCCGAUGACGGCGAUGGCUAUUGGUCAGACGACGGAGAUAGCACUAGCGAUGAGCCCGAACUCAACAGCUUUGACGAGCCACCUAGGGGGCGACGACGGAAGCGUAGCUGGGAGGAUCUGGGGCGGGGUAAUGGACACUUGCCGAGUUUAUCAUCCUCGUCUGCGACCCAUUCCAGCUUUGCCGGCGGCCCAGUAUCGCGGCCUCUAACUCCAAAAGAAGGGAGGGAUACUACUGCGUCUCCAGCGCCGGCCAGCGACCAUAUCGGGAGUGAGAGGCCCCAAAAACGCAUUCACACGGAAGGAAUGCCGGGAAAGGAACGCCGGGUCAAUGAUCAUGGUACCCUUUAGUUUUUCGGUUUUACUCCAGUCUGAUGUAUACAUUGAGUUUAGCUAGUCCUUUUUUAGCUUAAGUAGUAACUAACGAGGCGUGGGA